AUGCAUUUAUUGUGUGACCUACCAUAUGUCGCUGCCAAGAAACUGUUCCAUUUUAUUGAUUAUGAUACAAGAUUAUCACUACGGACUUGUUCCAAACGAACCAAAAUUUGGAUUGAUACUCUACCUAUUUAUAUUUAUGGUUUGAAAAUAUCAACUGAUCCGUUCUACAUUAAAUUCAGUGAUGUUCAUGAUGGAGUACUAGCUCAUUCUGAUAUGGGUAAUCUUCUUUAUGGCAUCUUGCGAGAGACAUUCUUGAGUUUAUUCAACGUAAUAGAUGAGACAACUAUCGAAAAUACCGUGGAUAAACUGAAAAUGAUACUGCGGAACAAGAAUAUCAGGAUAAAAUACUUUAAGGUGUCAUUAGUUUGCAACUCUCCUGGUUAUGAAGAAGUGACCAGUGAACAGGUAUAUCUCGUCACGAAUUUGAUGAAAGUUAUGUUGGCAUCACUGGGUCACUCCAUUCGGGUCGAAAAUUUUUGGAUCAUCUACAAUGGAGACCAACAAGAAGUACUCUGUUUUUUGCCAUUUUUCAAACCGGGAACGUUGAAAACAAUCAGACUUGAUAAUGUCGAAUCUGAGAAAGUGUAUUUUGAUCAAGUUCUAAUUCUUCCUCAAGUGGUCCAAUCAAACACGGUUUGGUUUCGUCGAAUGCCAGAAAAUAAAUUGUCUCUGGAAUCAUUUUGGAAUAUUCCACUUGUUCGUUUUGACAAUGCCGUCUUGGAUUUUCAUGAAAUAAAUCAACUCAUUCAGCACUACUUUCAAAACGAUACGUUCAAGUACUUUCUCAUAAUUGGCGUGAGCGAACAAUGGUUUCCUGAUAACUCCCAACCUUUCGUUGAUGAGAAGAAUAACAAGGCAAUGAUAGUGGAAGGACCAAAAUUCGCAAUUAAAAUCAUCCAUAAUUUGGAAUAUAGAGCUAUUGUUCUGGACAAAAUUCCUUUGAAAUCAUAA